CUUCCUUUUCACACUGCACCAACACCACCAGCUCACAAAACCGCCGGCGCCGCCACCACCAACUCCUCUCUGUCUCACUCUCUCUUGGUAUGGCUGACCCAUCAUCACCGCUACCAUCUGCGCCUUCAGUUAUCUGUCCUCACCAUCCCAGUGCGUGAAUUUCAUACCCUCCUCAACCUCUUUGUCUUCACCUUACGAUCAAAAUCCACCUUUGGGGCCAGAGUGGGUCAACACGCUGCAGCAACAAUGUGCUUGAUGUGGGGUUUUCUUGAUUUGGGAAGUGAAGAAAUGGUUGACAAGAGACCGACAAUGUAAUUUUUGAAAUAUUACGGGAAGACUCGUUUCUUUAUUGCAGCAAUCAACCAAAAUAAAAAGGAGGGCCAUUGAAUUGAAAGUUGAAGGUUUCAAUUUUGGCUUUGUGCGGAGUCAUCACAGACUAACCGUUUUUUAUGUUUUUGGAUUUAAUUUGUUGCUGGCAAGCAAACCUAGUUCUGUGAAAAUUUGGGUUUGAAGAUUUCGAACUAAGAUUAUUAAAAUUGUGUUCAAGAAGUCAUUGCUGCUGAUCAUGGAAGGAGAACCAGCUGCCGCACGCCUUGCCAGGGAAGACUGGCGACCAGUGAGGAGAAGACUGCAAAGCCGCCGGAAGGGGACAGAGAGAGGGGGGGAGAACAACCGCUAGGAGAACAACUGCCUUCAUCACCGACGGCGACGAAAAAAGAGAGCGAACUGAAUAUGCAGAUGGCUGCAGUGAUGAUGGGUCAGCCAUACCGAAAGAGAGGGGGGAGUUGGUGGUCGCGGCGCCGGCGGUUUUGAGAGCUGGUGGUGUUGGUGCAGUGGGAAAAAGAAGGGGGCAAAACAGACUUUUGGUGUGUUCGGACACCUGAUUCGAGGUCCUUCUUCGGACUCCCUAUCAUUAUCCGUGUUAUAAACAUCAACAGCAAGCUAGCUGGCUGGCUCUCUCUCUCUCUGACCGCGUUUCUGGCUAACAGAUUAUAUAUUGUAUUGCAAACCCAAAAUGGCUGGCUACAGCUUAGCGGUUGAAACUUGAAAGAAACAGCAGGUCACUGAAAUAUCUCCCACAUACCCCUACUUGUGCAGGUGAUUGUCAUUUGUCGCGUAGAAGAGCUCCGGCCGGGAUAUGAUCAGAGUCAGCCAGAUGACGACGAUGAGCAGCUUCAAUCCCAGCAGCAGCGUAUGUGAGAUAGAAGAAGAAGAAGAAGAAGAAGAGAGAUGCUCUGCAACUGAUAAUGAGCUGUUUAAGAUCGACACUGGUGCAGGCGGCCGGGUGCCGGCGGCGGCUAUGACGGCCAUCAAAGAAGAAUCAAUAGAGGAUGUUGUGUACGUGGCAGUUGGGGCCAAGGCAGAUGAAGAGUCCAGCAUGGACGCCCUACUCUGGACGCUCAACCAAUAUUCCAUCACUAAUACUGCAGCCUCUUCUUCUACCCCCCUCGUUUUUCUCAUCCAUGUCUUCCCCCAACUCCGAUACAUCCCUACCCCAUUAGGAAAGAUUCCAGUAAGCCAGGUGGAUCCAGAUCAGAAAGACAAGUACAUUAUCCAAGAAGGAAGCAAGAGAAGAGAAUUCCUUCAAAAGUUCCUUGAUGCGUGUUCUUCUUCAAAGGUUAAUGUAGAUACCAUACUUAUAGAGAGUGAUACGGUGGGCAAGGCAUUACUGGACCUCAUUCCCAUCCUCAACAUAAGAAAGCUGGUGCUGGGCACCACCAAGUCCAAGCUCAUCAACAGGAGGCUGAGGCUGAGGUCCAAAAAAGGAAGUGGGGGGAUUGCAGAUGAGGUGGUUCAGAAUGCACCAGAUUUCUGUGAGGUAAAGCUCAUCUGCCAAGGAAAAGAAUUAGACCUCGACUUUGUCAAUCGCUCGCCCUCUCCACGUCUUACUAAUAAUUAUGUUCAUACUCCCAAUUCUCCUCCUGCUCCUCCGCAGAGCAACGGCGAUGACGACUAUUUCGGCUGCAAAUGUUUUAGGCCUAAGGCUAUUUCUUGAUGUUAGACUAACAUAUAUAUCUCUCUAACACACACACAAACACAUUUAAACAAAGGAAACUCAAGUGCUACACCACAUCUUCCCCGGAUGUAGACGACUAAAAUACUCUGUCCUCAACUGAACAACUGUAACGUGCUCUCCGGGAUUGGGGGCUGUAAUGGAGAUUGUUCCUGCAACGCUACACAAUGCAUUCAGCCUCAGGUAGGUAGGUACAUGGAAACAUUGACGGUUGACACCACACCCAACAGUAGUAGUAGUAGUAGUAGUAUGGCAUUGGUAUUUGUAUUCUCACCAUCAAUUAGUCCAUCAUUGAAUUACAUUAAGACACUUCAACA